UCCUCGAAUCCCCUCACCAUUGCCGCGCCAUUCCGAGUCUCGGUCGCUAAUGGCAAUGCAGACGAGCACGGCACAAGCGCUGCCGCUGCAGCCGCGCCUCUCGGCCUCGCCGCCUUCCUCGCCAGCCACCGUCGGCACCCUCCUCACCAAUGCUGCCGGCGCCAGCAGGAUUCGGCGCGAAUGCCGCUCACCGCGGUCCUUGCUGUCGCGCAUCCUCGGCAGGGGCGGCGGCGGGUUCCGCUGCCGCGUGCGCAUCCCCCGCUACUGCUCCAGCGGCGCCGGAGCGGCUGCCAAGGAGGACGCCAUAGAGGAGGAGGUGGCUGCUCCAAAGGUCGUGGUGGCGAGCAAGCUAGAAACAGAGGUUCGCGAGUCGCCUCGGAGUUCCAUGCAGGGGAUGAAGGCGGCGCCGGAGGUGUCGGCGGCGAGCCUCGGGCUGGGCGCGGGCCUGGUGCUGCUGCUGUCCAGGGGCGCGGCGGAGCUGAGCAGGAUGGCGGAGCUGCGCGCCCAGAUGGAGCGGCUGGUGAUGGACGUCUGGGCGGAGGCGCGUGGCAGCAGCCGCUCCGACUUGUCUGACGACGGCCAUGUCGGCGAUGGUGCCAGCGUCGUGAAGGAACGCAUCGUCUUCGCCGAUGCCGGCGGCGAGGACGCCUCGUUGUCCCGUGGUUCGCGCGAUGCCGCCUCGGCCUGCGGCGAUGCUGGCGUUGGAAAUGCCGCCGCAGCCAUGGAUCAAAUGGAAGCAGAGCUCGAGGCUGAACUGACGCGCCUGCAGCUCGAUUCCGACGACGACGAUGAGGAGGAAUGCGUGGCCCUGCGGCGAGAUCACCAGCUCGAGUCCACCGUGAAGAGCGACAUCUCCUCGGAGAGCGGCUCCCCUGCUUGCGUCGGCAUCGACGGUGUACUCGACGACGCGGCAAUAGAAUGCAAGGAACGUGAAGAUAGCGAGGAGGAGGGGGAGGAAGACACUGACGAGGAGGACGAAGAGAGCAAGCCGUGCCCCGGCGGCGUGCCGGCGCGGGUGCUGGAGCGGAGGCUGCACGAGCUCCUGCAGUCGCGGCACGAGCAGCGGAUCGCGGAGCUGGAGACGGAGCUGCAGCGCGCGCAGAGGAAGCUGCGGGACAAGGAGCACGAGGUGUCCCGGUGGCGUGACACCGCCAAGCUCGUCUCCCGCCACAAGGACGAGUCGCGGCUCCGGUAGAACCAAACCACCGACGCCGACGAUGGAUAUACGCGCGGCCCGGUCUUUCGGUGGUCUCAUCGUGUCACGAUAGCUACAUAUGAGUAAGGGCAUCUCCAAUGCUCAGCGCUUAGGUGGGCGCUAGCAGGAAUUAAAUAAAAUAUUUUUCUCUGUAGCGCCCGCAUUUUUUUGAAUGUUGGUAGGAGAUCUACCAAAUUCGUUGAUUAGCAAGGGAAGAAUACAAGCAAAAACCAAGCAACAGAGAAGGCCUGGCGCUAAAAAGGAAGAAGAGAAAACAAUCAGCCCGGAUCAAAUGGGAUUUUGGCGCCUGCCAUAUUCCACAAAUUAGUCCCCUCUCUAACUAUUGGGUGGUCAUCAUAUCUUGCUGUUGAAAAACACGUCUAUUACGCUCCUUCCAUAUCUCCCAGGCGACCAGAUGGAUCAUCGAUAUAGUGCCUUUUUUCUUUUCCUUUGGUGCAUUGUGCCAGCUAAUGGACAUCCAUUCCUUCAGGUUGCCAAUCGCCGGCCAGUUUACCGGGUGUAGAUGUUGCAUGCCCGCCUGGGUAGCAAUCUAAUCCUAAAUGUAGCUCCCGCAAUCUGAUCCCAAAUCGCCGGCCAGUUAGAAAAGAAUAUAGAGAUUGGCUGAUCCUACGACGAAAAAGCCGGUGCGCCCGAGGACUUCCCUGGCAUCGACGCUA